UAAAGUGGGCGCGGCUGAUGCAGUUGGCAGCUCUCUCUUGGCUCGCGAGGCCCAGCUUCCCCUUCUCAGUACAAGCACGUCCGCGUCUUUACGCACGUUUCCAGCGAAGCGCAAAUUGAUUCUCUCAAACCCGAUACAUUAGAAACAUUUCAGCCUUUGAAGGACUUAGAAAGCCGCCACGAUGGUCCUCGCAACGGUUAUGAAACAGCUGAAACACCACCCAGCGUUGAUCCCCCUGUUCAUUUUCAUCGGUGGUGGAACCACAAUGUCCGCGCUGUACCUCGGACGCCUGGCCACCAAGAACCCAGAGUGCUCCUGGGAUCGUAAGAACAACCCCGAGCCCUGGAACAACGUCGCACCCGACCACCAGUACAAACUGUUCACCGUGAACAUGGACUACUCCAAACUGAAGAAGGACAGGCCCGACUUCUAAGCUGUACACCACAUGGCCGAUGGGAGAUCCCCCUCCACCUGCUCUUACCACCUGAAUCGCUCGAAUCAGUGAUGCUGUACACCGCAUCUCAAUACUAUUACAUCAUGGAAAAGGAGGACUUUGAGACAGAUGGACACUUUUGUUUUGACUAAGAGGCUUGGCCCAUCUCACUCACACACCAUCUCUUAUCAACUGUAUAACGCGCGCACACACACACACACAAACACACCUGGACACAUGUAGUGUAACAUGUUUCAUCAUGCAUCAACUCAGUCCGCAUUCCCAAAUAAUCUCUUCUCCUCGCUCUGGUUGCCUUGUCCUCAGAUGAGUAAGUUAAUAAUUUGCUCGGAGGCGCAAGGCAACCUCCUACGUGAUCCUAAUGGGAGAAGUGUUUCUAGUGUGCUAUUUUAAUUAUCGUUCCCACGUGAACUUUGACCCCCCAUGAUGUAAUGUAAACUAUUAAUAACAUGAUGUAAAGAAAACAUAUUUUAAUCA